AUGAGUUCUCAAUACCAGCAAGGGACGUCGACUGCUCCAAACCAGGAUGGUUUUUCCCGGAGCGUAACAUCUCCGUUUGUUAAAGAGCUGUUGGAUUACGAAAUACCAAACACUGCAAAGCUCCCGACGCUUAAAACGUACAAUGGGACUACCGACCCAGAUAGCCACAUUGAUACAUAUGAAUGGACGAUGACGUCGCUAAAGCUUAACGAGAAAUUUUGGUGCACAUACUUCCCGACGACGCUCGAUGGCAACGCCGACACAUGGUUCAAAACGCUACAACCUGGCGGCAUUUCAAACUUCGCUCAGCUCAAAUACCUUUUCCUCACCAACUUCAUGCAGCUACAUAAAUACAAAGGCGAUUCUCACUCAAUUAUAGGCUGUAAACAAAGUGAGGGGGAGACUGUUCGAGAAUACUUUACAAGGUUCAUAAACGUUACGCUAGAUGUAUCGGGGCAUGAAGAAGGGCUCAUUGCUGGUGCUUUCACAUGGGGACUCCUGCCUGGGCCCCUCUCGCAAAAACUCAUGGGAAAUAAGCCUCUAACACGAGCUGAGUUGAAAGAAAGAGUGGAGCGAUACCUACGGCAGGAAGACGGUGAAGCAGCCAAGCAGGCCUACUUGAAUGCUAUGGCGACUAGACGUCACCACCCGACCCACACGGAUUUCCGGGGGGGGGGGGGGGGGAGGAAGACACCAUGGCCAAGCAAGAAGACCACCGCCACGUUUCCCGACCAUUUAUUAAAGACGACAGACGGGGUCGCCGCCCAGAAGUAUAUGCAGUAUCUGAGAAACAGCAGCCAGCCAAGUCGCCUAAGAGUCGGUACUGUGAGUACCACAAAAGCAAAACGCAUGAUAUAG